UCGGCCAAGCCACCUCGUCCUUAGCUUUCCCUGAUUUUCCCCCAUGCUUGAAUCAAACUACAAAAACACACGAAUCAUUUUCUACUUUUGUUAAAUUAGUGACGCAACUCAACAAUUACGUAAAAGUUGCUGCAAGUUGGAAAGACCUUCACAAUCACAAGACCCUUGCAAAAACUACGCAAAUAGGGACCCGCCUGUGCGAGAAACGCGCCACCUCCAUAUUUGGUAAUGAUCUCCAAAUUUGGAAUUUUUAAGGUUUGCGGAAUGCCCGUAUGUUUCUCCUCGUGUUGUUGUUUUGCUUUUGAUCCUUCUUCUUGUGCAGCGCAAGGGAAUUUGGAAUCAGGCUGUCAGUGGAAGAUGUCUUCGCCUAGCCAAGAUCAGGAGAGCGAUGCUUUGGCUCUGCUAGCUCUAAAAUCAGGCGCAGUUAAUCCUGCAAGACAACUGUGGUCUGGUGUCAACACUGUGACUCCCAUUGCCAAACUUGAAGGUCGCGAGUUCGAAUAUUUGGUUCGGCAAAGCCGGAUUAUUAUCGGAAGAAACAGCAGUCUAGGCAGCGUGGACGUCAACAUGGGACAUUCCAGUUUCGUCUCGAGGAAGCACCUGCAGCUAAAAUUUGAAAAUCAGGAUUUCUAUCUCAGUUGCAACGGGAAGAACGGGAUAUUUGUUGACGGUGUUUUCCAUCGACGGGGGGCACCUCCAUUGAAAUUACCCUACAUCUGUGUGUUGCGAUUUCCUUCGACAAAUGUCAAGGUUCGUUUCACCUCCUUGGUUGGUGACAAGACUCCGAAACGUGUUCCUAGCCCACCGAGAACAAAGGUUCUUCCACCUCUACGAAUAAACAUCCCUCAAUCAGACUCUAACUUCGCUUCUCCAGUUCCUUCUCCUACGGGAACGAUAAGUGUUCCUAACUCCUGUCCUGCCAGUCCUCGUGGAGACGCUAAUCAUGUCUAUGCCCCAAACUUACAAGCUGUAGCAGAGUUAGCUGCUCAAGAUGCCGCCCAGGCUACUGUGGAGGAGGAGAAGCCAAACACGUCAGGGGGAGAGGGAGGAGGCAAAGAUGACGGAAAGCCUCCAUUUUCUUAUGCACAGUUGAUAGUUCAAGCAAUCUUGUCUGCACAUGACAAGCAGUUGACGCUGAGUGGUAUUUACACACAUAUUACCAAGAACUAUCCAUAUUAUCGCAGUGCUGAUAAAGGCUGGCAAAAUUCUAUUCGUCAUAACUUAUCCCUAAACCGUUACUUUGUGAAAGUACCACGUGCCCAAGAUGAACCAGGAAAAGGCUCAUUCUGGAGGAUUGAUCCAUCGUGUGAGCAAAAGCUGGCUGAACAAGCAUUCCGCAAGAGGCGUCAGAGAGGUGUGCCAUGUUUUAGACCACCUUUCUCUCAACUGUCUUGCAGAUCAGCUCCAGCUUCUCCCACACAUGGCCUUCAGUUCCAUGCGCCAUCUGCUCCAGUAACUCAUAUGUCACGUGAAAACUCACCUACUAAGACAACAGCCCAACCAGCUGAUGCUACAGUAUCUCAAGCCAAGCCUACCCCCACCUCACCCCCCGUCAUUCCACCAACUGGUUUACCACCCCCGGUACCAAGUCUACCACAAGGGGUUGUCAAAUCAACGGUCACAUUCCAGCCAAUUGUAACGCAAAUGGCAGGAGCAGCUCUGCCUGUCAGUGUGAUCAAGUCUUCUCUAGAGGCUGUAAAGGAAAGCGAUGGAGCUGAUACGGAGAAGAAUGGAUUUUCUCAGUCGUCAGGAGAUGAGUCGCCUGUGGAGAACGCACUGCAGCCAGAGGCAAAAAGCAAGCCUUUGGUUGCCACAUUAGUGAAGCAGCCACAUCAACAACAACAACCACAGCAACCACAGCAGCUGACGCAGCUUCCACCACAGUUUUUGUCAGGAGCUGCAGCCCCUAGCUCAGGUGGCUUGCUAACGCCCAUUCCCACCCCCACAAAUGUCUCACCAACUGCUACCCAGGAUUCCUCUGCCAAACCACCAGUUGCAAAAAUACCUACCCCUUUACCACUCCCCUUAGUAACCACUGGAACAAUCACUCCUGACUCCUCACCCCUUGGGGUGUUGUCACCAGCUGCCACUACAGCUGCUGUUUCUAUGGCAAUGAAUGGUGCCAAGCGAGCCUUGAGUGCUAGUCAAGCGCCAACUGACAGCAAUGAGGAACCAGAUAUAAAACGUCAAAAAUUAGUACGGCAAGGUGCUACGUGGCAUGGCACUCAACAGGACACUGCUGAACAAGAGAAACUCUAACCUUCAAAGAUUUUCCUUCUACUGAAGUUGACUGUUUUCUUGUGGCAAUAAUAUUGUAGUACACAGUUUGUAGUUGUAACAGCACUGAGUGUGGUUGACACUGGCAUACCGGUAGUGGCAGGCUGAUCAAGGUGAGGUGUUUGAAACAUCAACAUAGGUUUGACUGGAAUCAGUGGAUCACUUAUUCACCAGAAUACUUUGAACUGAUUGUUAUCAAUAAGUCACACUUGGGCUAUGGACGCGAAGAGAAAAAUACACCAACAGCUAAGACACAGGAUAGAUUUGCCAGAUAUGUGGCCCAUUUAAUAAUCAAGUUGGUUGUCAAAUCUGAUGAACAGUGCACAUCGCAUGGAGAACUAACUGUUUAGAGGGAAAAAAAAGAGAAAAGAGAAACGUACAUUUUGACUGGCAAAUUGGCUUAUCAAUUCAGUGCUGCUCAAAGAAGAGGCUGUCAGUUAACAGAACAGAAUGAAACAUUUCCACACAAAUUCAAAGACUCAAGGAUUGGACAAUUUGGUACAUGUUGCUCAUGCAUUCAAUGGUACCGAUGAAACUAUGUGAUGGUGCAGGUGAUGUUUGUUGCUAAGUAGGCUGGAACUACACUACAUGGAAAAUCUGACAUUGUUACUAUUAAUAGCUAUACAAGUAUAUUAGAUGAGACACGGAUGAUAAUGCAUUUAGCUGCCGUAAUGUGUUGUGGACAGUGUAUUAAUAUUGUGGUUUUAGUGUGCAUUAUUUUUGGGGGUGCAAAUGGUCAGUAUAACGUACAUUAUCCCUUGAAAUUAUAAGGGACAAUGCAAAGUGGUUGAACAUGAUCAUUUCAAAUAGAAAUGAAUCAAUAUUUUAAUUGUCACAAACUGGGAUUUGUUAUUAACCAGAUAGCAAACCAAUUAAAAGGCCUUUGCGGGAGCUUGCUGUCUGUUUAAAACUGCUGAUGUCAUUUUAGGGAAAAUAUGUGUUAGUGUUGUACUAGGUUUCACUGACAUUCCUACAUGGUUGGUGAGUUGAGGAGUGAAGUGGUCACCUUUUCACCAGAGUGCUUCUAAAAUGCUCAGCUCUAAGUGACAGUAGGUGAACCUGGACUUACUUGUGAUUUCUGAUGUGGGAUGUAUUCUUUUUGUGAAAUGAAAAUUGUAUGGAAGAAAAGAAACUCGGACAUCAGACCAAGAUAGAAUUAUACAAGAAAACAAAAAUAAUGUUUAAUUUAUGACUUACAGCAAUUAUGUAGAUGUUCAGAACACUUGCUCAAUUCACUUUUUCUUUAAAAAGUAGAUAAUUAUGGUUAGAGGGACACAAUAAGUACUUGUUUCCCAUGGAAAAAAUUCUGAGCAGGUAGUUGUUGUCAUAAUUUAUCUGCCCUUAGUACAAUCCAUUGAAAUUAUAUGAUGUUAGCACAAUGUUUUUUGUGCAGAUUUAAAGGUGUUAAUGCUUUGAUUUGAUUUGACUUUGAUGCAUUGAGUGUGCAAAGGCCAACUAGUUGAUAGGGCAAACCACAGGAAAAUUAACAGUACAGUUUGUAUUUCAUUCAUCUCACAUGAUUGAUUUCCCUCACAAAACAGCAUUUUGUCCUUCCAGGAAAUAUCCACACCUAGUUAGAAGGUCUGAAAAGUCACAAUUAAUUAGAGAAAGUAUGAAGCUGAACUGGAAAUUCCAGAUGGGUGGGGUUGGGGGUUCAAACCAGUAACCUUCUGUGCCAUAACUGAAGUUACCCCAGAACAGUUUUGUGUAGGGGUGUGGAUAUUUCUGGAAGGUGCAUUCCACAAGUAAUGCUAGUGUUCACGCUUACUGAUCCACACUGCAACCUUGUCAUAAAAAUACAAUAAUUUUGACGUUUUAGGGGGUCAUUUUGACUCGUCCAUGAAACUUAAAAAUACCACAGGUGCAAUCAUUAGACCAGCUACAUAUCUAACUGUGAAAUUGUAGAUUUGUUGUAGUAAUUAUCUUGUCUCCAAUAAUUUGUAUUUUCUGUUCUCUGGGAAGGGGGCAGGGUGAAAUAAUCUCUGAACAGUGAUGGGGGUGCUCAUCAGAUUAAAAAGAAUAUAAGAUAUUAGAGUACAUUUCUGUGGCAUGGUUGAAGCUACCUCAGAGCGAUUAUUUCAAGAUCUAUUACUAAUUAAUGAAAAUCAUCUACAGUACCACAGUAUAUAAGAAAAACACAACAAUUUUUAACUUCUAUAAGUAUGACUAGCACCCCCAUCAUUGCAAUACCCCCCACUCCCCACCCCCACAAUUCCCUCCCAAGACUUGUUUCUUUGUCAGAAACAUUCAAUUCAAUCUUAUUUUCCUAAAAUCAUAGUAACUUAUUGGCAAAGCUGUUGACCAAAGUUGUUUUCUUUUGUGGGAUGCAAAAGAGAUUAUCCUUCAUGGCUUACUAGGCCUUAAAUGGUUGAGUAAUAAAUUAUUAAGCUUGGUCUGUC